GUAUAUGACGUCAUUAAUUUUGACGUUAUUUCCUGUUGCGAUUACUGCAACCGGCGAGGUAAAGCACUCGCAGUAAUCAAGAUGGCUACCUCCAUAUGUACGGUGGAACUAACCUUAAUAGAUGCUGAAACUAACAAAACUUAUAACGUUGUAGUGAAUGAAGCAGACACAGAACGAGCCAAAAAUGAUACAAUGUUUGCAACUACGUUGUUGGAGAAUGCAAAACAAUGCCAACAAAUUUAUAACGUACCUGAUGAUAAUAAUAAGGAAAAUAAGAAAUCUAGUCAAGAACAGCAUAAUUGGACGAAGCAAGAGAUAAUGCUAUUGUUAGAUAUAUAUACAUCUAAAGAGAAAGAUUUUCACAGUGGUAAGAAUACAGUGAAGCAUUGUUGGGAGUCAGUUGCUAAUGAAAUGCAGAAAAUGGGACAUGAUAUUAGUGGACAGAAAUGUUGUAUAAAAUUUCAAGCGAUGAAAAGGACUUACAAAUCCAUAAAAGAUCACAACAAGAAAUCAGGAAAUAAUACAAAAAAAUGGGAAUAUUUUGAGCUUAUGGAUAAAAUAUUUAGUGAAAAACCAUGGGUUGAACCAUUAGCAGUUGCUGGUACAAGUUGUAAUACUGACAGUGAAAAUUCCUCUACAGAAGAAAUUCGUGAACAAUUAACGGCAGCAAGAAAAAGAAAAUUAAAUAUAGACAAUAUUUAG